AUGACAAAACUUGUGAUAUUCAUUGUGAUCAGUGUUAUGUUGGUUGGAACAAUAAUCAAUGGUGAAACUAAUCCAGUAACACCAACCACUCUGCGUGGUCUGUGGUGUCUUGCCGUAUAUAAUACAACUCACAAUUAUACACAAUUAGCUCAAGCUUAUUUCUACAAUAAUGGUACAUUUACGAUGAAUUUUUUGGCAAAUAUUACGAAUACCUGGGUAAAUUAUUUCACCUCUGUUAACAACACGGAUUCAGAUGGUACUUAUCGUAUAGAAGUUAUCACAACAGCGGGCGCUCCUGUAUCCGACCAGAACAGAACGUUAUGUUAUUGGCGUAAACAAAUAUCGAAUGGUGAUGUACUAUGGGGUAAUCCUACCAAUGGAAUAUGCGCACCUACAUUUGUAGAACUUGAUACAUUGCCCAGAUAUACUCGUUUAUCAUCAAAUUGUUUAUAUUAUGACGAUGAAACAUUUGAGAAAAUAUCAAGUACGUCAUUUGAAUCCGAACUACUGGAGUUUGAUCGUGAUCUGAGUCGAUCAUCAUUACCACAGAAUGCUGUUGCCUUCUAUGGUAGUUCAUCAAUUCGAAUGUGGACAACACUCGCUAAUGAUUUUUCGUCAAUAUCAGUAAUUAAUCGUGGUUUUGGUGGUUCAACAUUAAAGGAAUGUGUUCAUCAAUUUAAACGUGUGGUUUAUCCACUCGAUCCAAAAGUGCUUCUAGUCUACGCCGGUGAAAAUGAUAUUGCAGAUAAUCAAACAUCUGAACAGGUUUUUGCAUCGUUCAACUCUUUUGUACAGAUUGCACGUCAAAUGUUGGGCGAUCAGAUACCAAUUGGAUUUAUUUCAAUUAAACCGAGUCCAUCACGAAUUCAAUUUAUUACACAAGUUCGUCAAACAAAUGAAAUGAUUGAACGAACAAUUAGUUCUAUGAAUGAUGUCACUUAUAUUGAUGUAUUUAAUUUAAUGGUAGAUACCAAUGGAAAUCCUUUGGAAAGUUUAUUUUCGGAUGAUCGUUUACAUAUGAAUGCCAAAGGAUAUCAAAUUUGGACAAAAGUUGUCAGUGAUUAUCUUCGAUCAAAAGGAUUAUUACCAGAUCAAACAUCAACACCCUCAGUUGCUCCCAUAUUUAAAGCCACGUUAUGGAUAAUGAUCUUAGUUGUAAUCAGUAACAGCAUCAAUUUUUCUCAGUAG